AUGGCGGAGAAGGCAGUCAAUACAGCGUCCAGCGCCUUGACAGACGAGGUGCUGAGCCCAGCCUUGGUCAUAGAGAAGAAGUCCCAGCUCAAUGGGCUCCCCUCCCCUUUACGUCUGCCAGGCAACAACACUAACAAUCAUGCAGAUGUGGAAGGCUAUCUGAGGACAGAUGACAGGAUGCGUUUAGCCAAAGAGAGACGUGAGGAAAGAGAUAAAGGUUUAGCGGUACGAGAGCAGGCGAUCAUGGAGAAGGAGCGGCGGGCUCAGCUGCAGUAUGAGCGUACCGUGGAGGAGCGCUGGAGGAAGCUGGAGGAACAGAGACAGAAGGAGGAGCUCCGCAGAGCUGCUGUGGAUGAGAAGAGGAGACAGAGGCUGGAGGAGGAAAAGGAGCGACUGGACGCUCUGAUGAAACGCUCCCUGGAACGCAGCCUGCAGCUAGAGCAGAGGCCCAAACGCUGGACAUGGGGCGGAGCUGGAGGAGCACAGGGUGACUGUGAGAAUGCCCCUCUCCCCGCCUCCACCUUUCCCCAUGAACUCGCCGCCCCCUUUCCUGCUGCCAGCGAAUCCGGUAAUCGCUGUCACCUGAACUCUGUGGAGAGCCUGAUGGUCCACCGCCUUCUUACCCACACUCAUGUGGUCCAGUGCCACAGUGCAGCAGACCUCCAUCUGCCCUGCCACCGAUGCACAGCUCCCUGCAGCCCCCACAGGUCACCCUAUCGGGGCUCGCCAAGCCGGGCUAAUCGACGGAGGCUCCAGGGCUCUCCAGAGGAGUCAGCAGGGGGGUCUAUCUCCACCCCUCAAACCCCCAAGAAGGAGAGGUUGCGCAGAGAGAGAAGGACUGGCUCCCCGGCGACAGGCUCCCCUGUGAGAAGAGCAGAAUCCCCAGCCAUGUUCACCAGACGCUCAGCCUCCCCCGCCACCCCCAAGUUGCUGAGCUGUACCCAGUCUCCCUGCACUGUGCGCCAGUACCACUCUUCUCCCAUCAGGCACAGACCCACCACCCCGGUUACCAACGGCAACAAGAAGGAGGACGGACAAGUUGAAGAAGCCAAAGGGCACAACAACAUCAGUGACAGAAAUGUCUCCAAGCCAGAGACCCCUGUGAAAAAGAUGUCUGAUAUUCAGAGCCCUGAGAAGUCUUCUCAAGCCGACACCGCUGAAAAAAAACUGUCCAACACCGAGACCCCAGAAAAGAGAUUCCCAAAAACUGAGACCCCCAGUAAUAACUUAAAAGGUGAGAUUUCUGAAAAGAAGGACAACCCUGAUAAGAAGAGUCCUAUGGCUGAGACUGCUGAUAGGAAAGCAUCCAAAAUAGACCCUCCAGACAAGAAGAUGCCAAAGUCCACCUGCAGCGACCUGAAUGCAGAUAAGAGCACAGAGCCAUCGUCAGUGACGCCAACAGGAAAAGGAAUUGCUGGAACGACAAGCGCAGAGGAAGCAUCUAGACUGCUAGCGGAGCGUAGGCGUCUGGCCAGGGUGCAGAAGGAGCUGGAGGAGAAACAACAUCGUGAGCAGGAGGAGGAUGAGCGUCUGAAGGCGGAGCAGCUGAGGAGGAGACAGGCAGAGGAGUGGGCACGGCAGGAGGAGGAGGCUCGACGGGCUGAGGAGGAGAGGAGCAGACAGGAGGACCUCCGUAGGACGAGAGAGGAAGAGGAGAAACUGCAGAGGGAGGGCCGGGAUAAGGAGCUACAGGUCCAGAUGGACAGAGAGAAGGAGGAGGCCGAGUUACAGGCACAGAAGGAUGCGGAGCAUCAGCGUCAGGAGAGAGAGAUACUGAAGCUACAACAAGAAGAGGAGAGACAUCUGCGGAAGAAGAGAAUUGAGGAGAUAAUGAAGAGAACCAGGAAGAGUGAUGAGAACCAGGCUGAGAUGAAGCAGAAUGAGGAAGGGCAGGUGGAUACUCUGCCUCAGCCUGUCUCACCACCAGGGGAAAUGCAAAUGAACUCAAAGAUGAAGAUUGAAACUAAUGCUCAGGUGAAUGUGCAAGAAAACCCAAAGGUUGAGUCUCAGGUUAAUGGACAGGUCACUAUCCAUGUCAACAAGCAGGACAGUGCCAUGGUGAAGGGACAAGCCACCUACCAGGUAACCCCACUGAAGAAUGAUCUGCAAAAGGGACAGGACGCUAAACAAAUAAAUAAACAACAGACAGCCCAAGUGAAUGGACAGGGUGCAGCCCAGGUUCUCAAGCAAGAGAGUGUUUUUGUUAAGGGACGGGUCGCUUCCAAAGUGAACCAGCAAGAGAGUGCACAGGUGAAUGCAAAGACCAUUGACCAAAUUAAUCGUCUGGAUAAUACAAAGAGACCCGAUGCUCCCCAAGCGGGCAAACAGGAGAGUGUCCAAGUGAAUGUACAGGUGAAGAAACCGGAGGAAACCCAGGUGAGCAGCCAAGCCACUGCUCAGCUCAAAAUCCAGAAGAGUACCAAAGUAAACGUGAAGUUGACCACACAGACAAUCGGACAAGAGGUGCAGCCCAAGAAACCGUCCACGGCGUCCCUACCGGUGGGCCGACCCCCACCUCCACUCAUCAACCUGGAGCCAUUGGUUGUGAAAAGCAGCGGGGUGUAUGACGAGGUGCAGUCCAUGGAGGUCAGCCCAGUUUCCAAGGAGGAGCUCGUCUCCAUCCCAGAGUACUCCCCAGUCAAUGAGGUCCAGCACAACGGCAUGAGUAAUGCCCGAGCCCUGGAAGAUCUGCUGGACCUGACGGGCCAUGUGGCCUACCCCAAACUCUCCCCCAUUGGAAGCCUAGGAGACUGCAACAAGAACCUGAUUGAGGGGCUCUGUAGCCCCGGUGCCGAUUCCAAGCUCAUCCAAUCUCAUCCUCCACCCUCACACAAGUUCAACUACCAGUAG